AAAAAUUCGUCUCGGAUCCGUAUCUUCUGCAGGUCCGAAAUAUAAACGGUGAAUUGGAGGGAUUGCGUGUGCGCGAAGAAUGGCUGCGUCUCUCUGUGCCCAACCUCUUGUCCUCCUCUCUCUGCAAUUCGCUGCUGCUGCUGCAAUGAUUGCGGCGGUGAUGGGAUCAAAUUCGAUGCCUGUGAAUAUGAAUGAACAGAGGGAGUUCGAUUACUUCGCGCUGGCACUGCAAUGGCCUGGCACCGUCUGUCGCCGCACCCGCCAUUGCUGUUCCUCCAAUGCCUGCUGCCGACGCUCGAAUGCUCCAACAGAAUUUACAAUACAUGGAUUGUGGCCCGACUAUAAUGAUGGAACCUGGCCUGCCUGUUGCACCAGAUCCAGUUUUGAUGAAAGGAAGAUCUCAACAUUGCGUGACGGUUUAGACAGCUAUUGGCCAUCUCUAAGUUGUGGUUCUUCAUCAACCUGCCACGGUGGAAAAGGACUAUUUUGGGCACAUGAGUGGGAGAAGCAUGGAACUUGCUCCCAUCCUGUAAUUCAAGAUGAAUACAGUUAUUUUUUAACUGUUCUCAACCUCUAUUUAAAAUAUAAUGUCACGCAAGUUCUUAACGAAGCUGGAUACUUUCCUUCUAAUACGGAAAAAUAUCCCCUUGGAGGAAUUGUUUCUGCAAUUGAGAAUGCUUUCCACGCAACUCCAUUACUGGUGUGCUCAAAAGACUCUGUGGAGGAACUUCGUUUAUGCUUCUAUAAAGAUUUCCAGCCACGGGAUUGUGCACUUGGAUCUACCAUUCAAAAUGGCAUGAUCUCUUCAAAAAGUUCUUGUCCCCGUUAUGUUAGCCUGCCAGCAUAUGUUCCACCAGGAGUUGGCCAUGUUGAAGCUGCCCUUUCAUGGAUUUCUGAUAAUGGAAUUGUUUAAGAUCUUGGCAGCAAGUAUGUGUUGUAAAAUGCUUUAUUUUACUCUGUACCCGAUUAUCAGAAAUAAACAUCAGCAUAAACGUAUUCUAUCCUGUGUAAGUGAAGGCCAGAAAAUUCAAAUGUAAAUUGCUACCAUUAUAGAUAUUUAAUGUAUCUAUAAAGCAUGAUAAAUGA